CGUCACUUCCUGGAACGAACUGUUUGGGAUUUGCUAGCUAGCUACUUAAAAUAAAGUAAUAAACACUAGAAGGUCACUAGACGAUUUCCACACAGCAACAGCAAAAACAAUCUCAGUCAUAAAGAGGCCAUGGGCGAGCCAGGAGCCAUAGAGGUGACUGUGAAAACUUUGGACUCUCAGAGCAGGACGUUCACUGUCAAGGGAGAGUGGACUGUGAAGCAGUUUAAAGAGCACAUUGCUACCUCAGUUGAAAUCCCGGUGGAUAAACAGAGGUUGAUCUAUCAGGGUAAAGUGUUGCAAGAUGACAGGACGCUUGCAGAAUACAACGUGGAUGGAAAAGUCAUUCAUCUUGUGGAGCGAGCGCCUCCUCAGAGCAGUCAGUCUGGGGGUGGAGGAGGUGGUGUUUCAGGAUCUUCGGGAGCUGUGGAUGGAGAAUCCUCCUCGUCUCAGUCCUCCACCUUUGCAGGAGCUUCACAUGACCGUAAUGCCAACAACUAUGUCAUGCUUGGCGCUUUCAACCUGCCUGUUAACAUCAUGGAUCCACAACAAAUUCAGAUGCAAGUGCAGCAGAUGCUGUCUGGUCUUGGAGAAACGGGUCGCAAUGUCAGAGUGAGCACCAACACAGGAAGCGGCGGAUCUGUGGACGUCCAUAUCAACGUGGACCAAUCAAUGCAGAGUGAGCCCAGGAUGAGACUCCAGUUGGCCGAAAGCUUACUGCGAGAUACUCAAGCAUUAAUACACAGAUUAGAGGGUUCAUCGAGUGAAACAUCACCCCAACAGGACACACAGCCACCUCUGUCAUCAUCAUUCUCUGGACCAUCGCCAGACACCCCAUCACAACCACCCUCCUUCUCAUCGUCUUCUACACAAACAGAAGGACAGAGUCCUUCUAGACCCAAUCACCCAAGCCCGCUGGAGCUGGUGGAGGUUUUGUCAGAGGUGCGAAGGGUGGAGGAACGACUCCGUCCUUUCAUGGAGAGAACUCACUCCAUCCUUGGAGCAGCCAGUUCUGCUGACUACAAUAACAACACACAAGAACGCGAGGAAGACCAACGCACUCUCAAUCUGAUUGGAGAAUCGCUCCAUCUCCUUGGCAACACCUUGGUGGCUCUGAGUGACCUUCGCUGCAAUUUAUCUGCUCAACCUCCUCGCCACUUACACGUGGUACGGCCGAUGUCCCAUUACACCUCUCCUGUUGUGAUUCAGAGUGGACUACCCCACCUUCCCAUUCCGAUGAAUCUUGGAACCACAGUCACCAUGGCGUCCAAUAGCAGACAGGCAAGCGAAGGUCAGGCCCAGGCUUCAAAUCCCACUGGCCAAUCAGAGCAACAAGGGCAAGCUUCACCACCCACUGCAGCCAGUCAACAAACAGGCAACAGUCAGGGGACACCUAGGGUGAUCAGAAUUACUCAUCAGACGGUGGAGCCCGUGGUCAUGAUGCAGAUGAACCCGGAUGCAGAUUCAGACAGUGGAUCGCAACAGAAUCCCAGCACUGCUGGAGAGACUGGUACCACUGCACCCCUCCACGCUCAAGGGUUGCCACCAGAGUUUAUGCAGGCUAUUAUGCAUCAGAUCUCUCAGCAGGCUGCUGCCAUGGCAACCGCAGCCUCUGCUGGGCAUCACGGGCCGCAGCAGAACACUGCGGGCACAGGUGCUCAGAAUGGAGAAAGCACAGCCCCUCCACCACCUCAGGCCAGGGUGGUCAUCACACGACCCUCCUUUUCACCACGUGUCACCCAGCCCGCUGGUGCAAUGGGGUCCACCAUUAACCUGCAAACAACAGUGCCCCCUUCUGCAGGACAACAGAAUAACCAAGGCAACCCUAUGGCAUCAGUGCCUCUCACACAGAUGGUCAGUGGUUUGGUUGGGCAGCUUUUGAUGCCACUUAACACAGGUGACCAGACAUCUACAACCUCCUCAUCAAAUUCAUUCUCCUUCUCUACGUCCUCGUCCACUUCUUCCUCUUUGUCCUCUUCCUCAUCUUUGUCCUCUUCCUCUUCUCCUCCAUCGUCUGCCAACACAUCUGCUCAGACAGUCACCAACACUACCAGCACCGCGUCUGUGGGUCAGUCCCAAGAGGGUGGCCUAGGGGAUAACCUCACCCAACUGCUGGGCUCUCUCCUGGGUGGAGUUGCAGGAACUGGUGGAGGAGCUGGUUCUGGUGGAGGUGCUCCCUCCGUUACAGUGACUGUUCCAGGUGUCCCUGCCUUUAUUCAGGGCCUGACCGAGUUCAUUCAGUCAGGUCAGCGUGUGUUUCCUCCUCCAACUCAGCAGCCUCCUCCUGCACAAGCCACACCCACUGCUCCCUUAGGAGCCGCUCCCACCACCCCUCAGCCUCCCAGUGGAGGCGGAGAGGCACUCAGCCAGGAGGUUUUUACUGGCAUUGUGCAGGGAGUCCUGUCCACUAUGAUGGGCUCUCUAGGGACUGGUCAGGGCAACACUGAGAGCAUUGCCCAGUUUAUCCAAAGACUUUCCGAAACCAGCAACCUCUUCACACCUGGAUCUGAAAAUGCAGUGGGUUUCUUUGGAGAUUUGCUUUCUCUGGUGUGUAACAGCUUCUCUAUGGUGGACAUGGUUCUGCUCCUGCAUGGUAAUCCUCAGCCUCUGAGCCGCAUUCAACCGCAGCUCACAACAUUCUUCACCGAGCACUAUCUGCAGGGCAGAGAAUCCACAGAUGCUAACAUAGCAAGUGCCGCUGAGGAUCUGAUCAGUGAACUAGAGGAGUAUAUCGCAGAAAGUUUUUCCACAGUGACUAUUCGAGAGGAAGUGGAUAUCAUCCAAACCAACACGUCCUUCCUGAGACAGCAGUUCACACGCAUGGCCACUCACAUUCUGCGCUGCACAGAUAACACAUUUGGACAGCGUCUGCUUUAUCUAUGCACUCAGGGUUUGUUUGAGUGUCUGGCCCUCAAUCUCUACUGCUUAAGAGGCGAGCAAAGUGCCCUGACUGCUGUCAUCAACCAUCGCAUCAGGAGAAUGUCGGCGGAGGUGAACCCCAGUUUGAUAAACUGGUUGACCAGUAUGAUGUCCAUGAGGCUGCAUGUGAUUCUGGAGCAUAAUCCAGUUACCGAGGAUCAGAUUCAGCAUUACAUCAUCUACACACAGAGCUGCGAGUCGUCUCAGAGAACAGAGUCAGAUGCACAACAGCAGAACUUGAACGUGGAGAUGGAGGAAGACGUAUUUCCUGCUCCAGCUACCACUGCUGAAGAAGUCAUGGUCUCUUUAGGAGAUCCUACUGAUCGUGAAGAACCACCACACAGGUCAUCAUCAGAGGAGACGCGAGGAACGACGACCAUGGCAGUGACCGAAAGGGAGGAGUCAGGAGAGGUGGAACCAUGGGCGGCAACCGUUCCUCCUGAAUGGGUGCCCAUCAUAAGACAUGAUAUGUUGACACAGAGAAAGAUGAAAACACAGCCACCUAUGUCUGACGCCUAUCUGCACGGGAUGCCAGCCAAGAGGAGAAAGACAGCACAGGGUGAAGGUCCUCACCUCUCUCUCGCCGAGGCCGUAAACCGAGCUGCCAGGGCUGCAGGGGUGCGACCCGUAACUACCCCAGACAACCUACAGGGGGAGCUAGAGGCACCAGAGCUACAAGAAGCGUACACGCAACAGGUCAAGACUGAUAUAAAGAAAAGACUGAGUGGGGAUCCAGACUACAACCACCAGCGGUUUCCCAACACGCAUAGAGCUUUCUCUGAGGACAUAUGAACCCGCAGGGAACGGCCAAUCACAUCCAACAUCUCAUGCUGCGGAGAACCAGCACAUUCCAACUCGUAUGUGUGGAUAGAGACGCUAAAUAUAGACAGCGGGUGAACUGGAGCUGUAUAGCUCUGUAGACUUUCAGCCUGUAAUGUAUAGCGUGGGAUAGAUCAUCUAAUGCUCUGAAGAGAUUAAUGUAUGUCUCCGUUUACUGUAAAUUAGCUGUAUAUUGUUGUAAUAAGUUGUUUUAAUAUUGACAAUAAUAGAAGUCGGAUUACAGGUCCAUACAUGAAGAUUUCAUCGUACAUUCCAGCUGGAGCUGCUUAAUGUUUAGAUUAAGGGGACGCCAAGUUAGAUGUUUACUUGGUCCAAAUGUUUUCAACAUGAAUGCACACUUCAUUACGGAGGAUGUAUUUUAGCAAUAGUGAUGCAUAGCUAUUUGUUAUUUUCUUGCAUGCCGAACACAUCUACAAUGUGGCUGUUAUGAAAUAAAAUAGUCGGAGUGUAGAUUUACUUUUUACACAAACACCUGUGUCCAGUCUUUUUGUCUUUUAGUAGUUUUGAAGUAUUUAAAAAAA